CCGACCUCCGACGGCACCUCUUGUAGAUCCCCCCCCCCGUAGCCCGUGUAAAAUCCUUAAAAGGUAGAUAGGUGGGACUGAUGCCUUUCCCUUCCGAGUCGGAUGUCCGACCUAUCCCACAAGAUCUCCGACGGUCCGCUGCGAUUUCUGCUCCGAGUCUAAACAAGCUCCCUCUGCCAUCAUUAAACAAAAAUCCAUCCGUGAACAUGCUCAAAAUCCUCUUCCGUCGAGGCUUUUCCACCAGCGGUGGUGCCCUGGCCGUAACAACGGGGACAUAUCUCUACACUACCUGGGAUGUCCAGGCGGUUCCGAUAUCGAAUUCAUCAGACCCGAUCUUCCAGAACAAGCAUUACAGAAAAUGCAACCCGAACGAUAACCCUACCGUGCAUGAUUUGCAUAUUUUGAAAGUCCCUUUUUCGCAGAUCGAACCGGCGCUGUUGGAGAAUCAGGAGAGAUUAGUUGAACGGUAUUGUGGUGGUGUGUGGGGAGGUUUUGGAUUCAAAACCCAACGUACCCUCCUAAAAUACUUCACCACCACGGAUGGCCAUCUCUGGUCAAAACCAGACCUCCUCGCACUUGGGCAUACCGUGUAUUCUACUCAUGACUCCACUCCUUGGACGAUACAAUUGCUAAGCAACGGCCGGAGAUAAAUGCGGGUCUCCGAAUGGCUCGAUUUUUUCGGGCUUCGGGAGCCAAAUGUAGUCCGGUCUGUUAUUUAUACCUUGUAC